CAACCUCACCUUGACGGAGGUGGUAUUCCAGUGCAUUUCUUCGUUCCUUAGGGGUUGUGAUUAAACAACCUGACGCUCAUUACAACACCCAGCCGAGCCUCCAUGUCUCCUGUCAAUUGUUUGAUGGUACCGUAAUCAUGCUGCCUGAAGAUUGGCCCCCAACUACAAUCGCAACCUCUCCCUCAAACUGCCGAGAUUUAUGCUCGAAUUUGUUUGCGCCAAUUCCAAUUAUGACAUCUGGUUGAGAUUUUUGCAGUCUGUUAGGUGUUUGAUUGGGCCGACUGGGUCGAUCGCUGCCUCGCAAGAUGCAGUUAUAUGUCGACACUGCCAUGGUGAGCCUGGUCGCUUUUGGUCGCCCGUGUGGCUCCCGAGGUUGAGACCAAUGGGCCGGCAAACAAGCACAAUUUGUGGGGAGCUGAGAGGUCAGGUAUAGGGAGUCUCGGUGAGGGGAGCUAUUGUUAAUAAGGGGUUGGUUGUCCGUCGAGGAUGUUGGUUCCAAUUUUGGAUCAUCCACCUCAGGUGUCACUCGAUGGGACCACGACAAGCAAGACACACACACUUGGCACCUAUUCAUAUUGCAGAUCCAGGAUACGCACAUCCAAGCCUUUAUGAAUCAGGGUGACCGGCCAUGCCUCUGGCAAGACGGAAACAUGACGGUGACACUGGACACAACCGAUAUGACAACCGGCGACCUCAGGGGUCCAACCGUGUCCACGCAACCGAUCAGUCAAACAAUGGCGUGUUUGGAUUCUUCAUAAACAAGGCUGAGGACAAGGCUGAUGAGGGAAGGAAAAGAAUCGAAGAGGAAAGGAAGAAAAUCGAAGAGGAGAGAGAACGAACCCGGAAAGAAGACCUGAAAAACCAGGAACAAGAUGCUCUGAGAAAUGGCAGAAAACAGACAUCGCCCACAGCAAGCGAAAAGCGGUCUUCCACAGCCCCGGCAGCUACAAAUACGCCAACGGCUGUGUUAACGAAGCUGCCUCAGGAAGCCAACACUAGGUCAGCUAUAAAACAAAUACCAACCACGACAUCCCAAGCCCAAGAAAACCCAAAUACUCAGAUUGUGGUAGAUGGUUUUGAAACGGGCACCAACGGCGUCCCUUCUUCCAGCAUCAUCACCUCUUACACAACUCAAGGGACAAAUGCACCUGAACCCCCCGUCGCGCCUGACCUCACAAUCCCGACGGCUGCACCGACACACACCCUCAACGCUGGCCAGAUAGCUGCAAUCGUCAUUAGCUCGGUUGGCCUUGCCAUCCUCCUCCUCAGCGCUGUUUUUCUCUUCCUUCGCUUCCGCCGCCAUCAACAGCACCCCGGGGCCUCAGCCCACUCUCUUUCCAAGCCCGACCUUCCCCCACAGAACCACCACCACCAUCCUUACAGCCAACUACUCUCCGCUCCUCUCCCACCUGAGACCACCAACGCCCUCCCCGAGGUAUCCAAACCGCGCCCCACAAUCUCUCGCUGGCUGUCCCAAGUCCGGGCUGAAUCACACCCUCACCUCCCUAAUCACCCUCCUUCCAUCAGCCUCCCCUCCUUCUCUUCCCACUCAGGCAGCCAGGCAAGAGCGCGCGGACAACCAGACAUGGUCUCGGAUAUAUCCUCUCAAAUAUCGGGAUUUACAUACCCAACAGUUACUGUGAGCAGUGGAGGGAGAAGCUUCCGACCGCCUACGCAGCUGAGACCACCGACGGGGUCGUCAAUGGGAAGCUCAGGAAGGGAUGUGAAGGGGAUGAAGCCUGUGCAUCCCAGUAUAUACAUUUCUCCUGCUACAGCGUCCAAUAGUACGGGGAGCGUCAAUAGUCAGGGGUUGUUGGGAGGGUUUCCGCUGCCGCCGGGACGGUUGAUGGAAGAGAUUCAAGUUGGUGGGGAGGAGGUGGUUUCGCCUGUGAGUCUGGGUUUGGGUACGGGUCUGGGGACGGGGGUGGGAAACGGGGCGAGGUUGUCGGGGUUGGGGGUGGGAAGGGGUUAUGAGGAGGCAGGUGAGUAUAGUGAGGAUCGGAGGGGGAGUUGGGAGGUGGAUGAGAGGUUGGGGGUGUUGGAGGGGAAUAGGGGGUCUGUUUAA